AUGAGCGGAGGGAAAAGUGGGACAAAAUUAUCGUCGUUCCAAAAUCUGCAACAAAUUGGACAAGGAGGAUUCGGAGUUGUAUAUUCGGCUCAAAGAGAAAAUGGAGAGAAGGUCGCGAUUAAGAAGAUUGGAAAUGCAGCUUCACAAACUCGAAUCAAGGAGGAAAUAAAAACUAUGAAAUUAUUGAGACACAGGAACAUCGUUCAAUUCUACGAAACUUUCUUCGAAAACGGAGAAACUUAUUUAGUAAUGGAGCUAUGCGAGGGUGGAUCACUGAUGGAUUAUGUGAAGCAAAAAGGUCCUCUUGAUGACUCCACUGCUGUACAUAUUCUUCGUCAACUUAUCGCAGCAGUAAAAUAUAUUCACGAUGAAAACAUUCUACACCGAGAUUUGUCUGCUGGAAAUGUGUUCAUCAAGGAUGCUACUAAAUCGACGAUAACCGUUAAACUGGGAGAUUUCGGUCUUGCCACGAACCUUGGUCAGCACGGAACAGCCUGUACGAUUGUAGGAACUCCAGGAUUCAUUGCACCUCAAGUGUUUGGUCAAAACUACGAUCAGGCUGCAGAUGUAUAUUCUCUUGGGGCCGUUCUCUACACAAUGCUUACCAAGCACACUCCUCCAACGAAAGGACCUCCUAAUUUGGAAAGUUUGAAAAAAAGAAACCCUAGUGCAGCUGAUUUAGUGGAGAGGAUGAUGCAUACAGAUGCAAGAAGGAGGAUUCAGUUGAAAGAAAUUGUUAUGACCGAUUAUGUGAAAGCGAAAAUGGGGGAGGCUACCCCUGGUUCGAGAGAACAUUCAAGAGACAGCAGAUCUCAACGAUCCAGAGAGCCUUUCAGAUCUUCCCGAGAUGGAAUAUCCCUCGAACGAAGACCUCCCGCGCGAUCGUCAAGUCAGCCAGUCAAUUCUCGAAGAGACCCAGAUGGAUAUCGUGCGGCCCAUGAGAUGCCCACCACUUCACGUACAUCUGUUGAACCGGAUCGAGCAAGAGUACGACAUCGUUUGAGUGCUCGAGGGAUCGGUUCUAGCCAAGAAGAUGACUUACGGCAGCAAAUCUGGCCGAUUAGAAUGGAGAGACUUGUUGGACAGCGAGUACGUACACCGGGUGGACGAUAUAUAGUAGAGAUGAACACGCGAUGCCGAUUCGAAGUAGUCUCCAAAGGAAAUAUUGUACUACGAAUUCUUGUUGUGGAAUACGACCCUCAUCUACUAAUACAGACCGUCUACGUACAUAAAAUGUCCAACAGAGUGGAACAUGCACGAAAUGAAACCGACGAUUUGAUAGAAUUAACAAGAUCGCCCAUAUCAUAUACAUCGUUAUCACAACUACCAAAAGAAGUGAUGAACGAUUACAUGCGGCUGGAAAAAAUGAUGGUAUCUACAAUCGCAAGUCGAGUGGCAAAGAUCACGCAUCGUCGACCUUCACAGUUUCCUGAUGCGUCAGCGCAGCUGAUGGAAAAUGGGGAUUUGCGAAUACGGUUUCCAAAUUCACUGAUUGUUCGAAGGAAAUCAAACGGGGAAGUUCAUAACUAUAUUGACGGAUUCGCAAACAAUAAAGAAGAAGUUCGUGGUUUGCAAUUGAGCAAAGUUCGGGAAGUUUAUGCAUGUCUUACUCAACUUGAACAGUGCCUGAGUAGGAUGAAUCCGACGAUGAAAAUAUUACCGAUGGUGUUCAGUGCUGGACCUGAUAUCGUUGCUACUUACAAUAAUUCGCCGUCGUCAAUCUUGCCUUCAACUUCUUCGCAAGCUUCUCGUUUCCCAUUCAGUGAGAUCUCAAGCAGUCAACAGUUGGUUCCUCACUCAGCUCCCAUUCCCAACAAACCAUUGUCAUCGCGAACGACGUCUUCGUUAAAUGUUAGAAAUGGGGUUUCAUCAGACGAAAAUACCGCUCCGGCCGCAACCCGACAGAAGUACAAAGCUAGACUCGACCCGGUGACAGGAAGGAUUGUAUCAGUACAAGCCGAAGAUAACCGAAAAUUGCGUUGUUCCACUAGUAAACCUGAUCAAUUCAUCUUUACGGAUCCUUCGAUUAGUUCUAGCGAACAGCGGUUCAUGCGGAACGGACGAGUCCCUGAACGAGCGUCAGAAAUGCUCCACGCGCUUUUGGUGUAUAUGAAGAAAAAGCAAAACUAA